AUGAUUAUCCAUAAUGUGAAAGUGACUGAAGCGACAGGGGAAAUCGCUUUCCGCGUGCAGGAGGAGCAAACAGGAGGGAGAGUUAUUGGAAGCUUAAAAGAAAAGCUGAAGAUCCCAGACCCCCUUCAUUUCAUCCUGCUGGAUAAAACCGAGUAUUUUACCCUGGAUUCACAAAAUGGGGAUUUGUAUACAACUGAAAAGAAACUGGACAGAGAAUCGGUUUGCCCGUUUGAUAGUAUAGAUGAGUGUGUCAUCACAAUUGAUGUUUUUGUUUCAUCUGAAGACCAUUCGGAGAUUACAAAAGUGAAAGUGUUUGUUGAAGAUAUCAAUGACAAUGCUCCCUAUUUCACAGAGGACACCAUCACUCUCUCCAUCCCAGAAGAUGCGGCAGUGGGGUCUAUGUUUCCUAUUGACCACUUGGCUAGAGAUGCAGACGCGGAAAAUAAUAGGGGUCUGACCUACCAAUUACACUGCCCAGAUCACGUUUUCACUUUAGACCAUCGUGCUGACGUAAUUUCAUUAACUGUGUCCAAGCCUUUGAAUCGGGAAUCACAAAGUGAGUACAAGAUCAUUUUAAUUGCCUCUGACAGAGGAUCGCCAUCGUUAUCCGGCAGUGCUGCUCUUAUUGUGCAAAUAAUUGAUGUCAACGAUAACUGCCCGGUCUUCCUAACGAAUAACAUAUCUGUGAGUCUUCCAAAAAACUCAUCAGUCAACACUACAGUGGCACAGCUCGUGGCUUUUGAUGAAGACAUUGGUGAAAACGGUGUUAUCCAGUAUGUUUAUAGUAGCAGAGUCCCAGAAGCUUCCAAAAAACUUUUCAACUUGGAUAGCUCAAGUGGAAUUAUAAUUUUAUCAGCCCUUAUAAGUGACGAGAGGACUCAGCUACACGUACUCCCAGUGUUGGCCGUUGGGCCAGGCUGUGUUCCAGAUGUAGCCGUUGUUAAGGUUACUUUUCAGGAACUUACAAAGCAACAGCCUAGAAUGGAGUUUCGUUUUAUAGGUACCCAAGAUACCAUGGGUGUAUCUUUAAAGGAGGAUGUUUCCCCAAAUACAGUCAUUGCCAUUUUGGAAAUUAAAGAUCCCGAUCAUAGCAUUCUUAGACCUCCGUACAUAAAUGGAAUAUCUCCAUUCCUCCUCAAGCCUUCUGAGAGCUCCCCUGAUACGUAUUUGCUUUUAACAUCCAAACAACUUGAUUUUGAAUCAGAACAAAAAUAUACACUACACAUUAUUGGUAAUUCUACCUUUGACAAAUCCAAGUUCCAUGAAGAAAUUCUUAGUAUUACAAUUGAAGAUGUGAAUGACAAUGCACCGCAAUUCCCUCAGGGUCUGCUAGAAGUAUUUAUUGAUGAAAACAAUAAUGCUGGGGAACCGUUACUAAAGGUUUCUGCAUCUGAUGCAGACGGCGGGUCCAACGGAGAUAUAAGUUACAGCUUGGGACAUGGAGCCCCCGAUAUGUUUUCAAUUGAUAGUUCAAGUGGGAUUCUUACAACGACUGCUUCUUUUGACCGAGAAAAUGAAAUGGCUUACAGUUUUCCGGUUAUUGCAAUGGAUCACGGCUCACCAUCACUGAAUAAUUCAUGUAUAAUUAAAAUUAAUAUCUUAGAUAAAAAUGAUAAUGCUCCCAGAUUUUCUACUACAGAAUUCACCUUUUUUAUUCCAGAAAACCUUCCCCGGUAUGGGGAAGUUGGAAUUAUAAAUGUGACAGAUGUCGAUUUUGGAUUGAAUGGUGAAUUUACUUUGCUAGUGUUGAAUGUAACCAAACUCUUUUCAGUCGGCCCAGAUAGAAUCUUAAGAUCUAAGGAUUACUUUGACUAUGAGUUAGAAAGAAUGUACGAGGUAUGGGUUGAAGCAAAGGACAAAGGCAACCCACCUCUGGUCUCCAGAGCAAAAAUCCAUGUCUUCAUACUGGAUGUAAAUGACAACGCACCAUUAAUACUAUCACCAGAAUCCAACUUUUCAUAUGUUUUAGUCUCGCCAGAUAUCACAAAGGGAUCCUCCAUUACUAAAGUCCAUGCUGUUGACUAUGAUACCGGGAUGAAUGGAAUCAUAACAUAUAGUGAAUUUGGUGAAGUGGACCCUAACGCCAAUCUGUUUAAAAUAGAUACCAUUACAGGCAACAUCACACUAAAAGAAACCACAAACAUUCAACACUGUGGGCUUUACCAAAUGCUGGUGAAAGCAAGUGACCAGGGAUAUCCCGAGGCUCUUUCCGCUAUAGUAAGGGUUAACAUUCUCCUUAAUCACAGCAUCAGUAAUAGAAGCUACGUGGAAUCACUAAUCAUGGACAAGACAAUUACAACCAAGUCGAACCAGGUGAUAAUGUUGAGUCCAUGUCCACAAUAUAAGGCAAUGGCGUUAUUGUCCUGGUCUCUGACGGCACCCGUCACGCUAGCAAUCCUGAGUAUCUCUGCCUUGUGCUGCAUGACGGGAACAUUUUUGUUUUUGUGUAGAAGGAAAAGACACUUGAAAAAAAAGAAACGGCCAGAUGUACAAAUUCCGUUAAAACACAAAGUUGAUUACUGUAUGAAAGACUGGAAUGAGAUGUAAAAACCCUUCUAGAACGUCCUUAACUAAGUAAAACGUGAACAUUCUAGUGAUUGCUUUCUAUAGGGAACACCAGUCGCAUCAUUUUGUAGAAGGCAAGGGAUUUGUGAAAAGAACGAAAACAACAGUAAAUUUUCUUUUCCACCAGGGAAAUUUCCCUGGGUCGAGAGAUGGUUAUAGCCCCUAUAGUCCCUACUGAGAAUACAUAGGUGGAGAAGAGACCGAAGAGAGCAACCUAGGACAGGAAAGGAU